AUGGACCAAACCCAGCGUGCAAACAUGUCUUGCUAUCACUGCGACAAGCAGCUGGUGGCCUGUAGGUACAUUCUCAACGAUGACUAUCCCUACUGCAUCACCUGCUUCCAGGAGUUGUUUGCCCACACCUGUGAGCAGUGUGGUCAGCUGAUUGGUCUUGACCACAAGGAUCUGUCCUACAAAGACAAACAUUGGCAUGAGUUUUGCUUCAAAUGCAGCAACUGUCAGAAGUCACUAGUGGAACAACCGUUUUCCACCAAGGAGGAACAGAUCUACUGCUCUGACUGCUUUGAUAAUGCCUUUGCUGCCAGGUGUGAUGAGUGUGGAGAACCUUUUCGUGGAGGUAUGAAAAAGUUUGAGUACAGAGGCAAACAGUGGCAUGAUCACUGCUUUGUUUGCCUUGAAUGUCUUGAACCAAUAGGCACAAAGAGCUUCAUCCCAAGGGAUGAAAAAGCCAUCUGUGUGCCUUGUCAUGAGAAUAAAUAUGCUCAGAGAUGCUCCAAAUGUAACAGUGUAAUUUCCAAAGGUGGAAUAAGCUACAAGAAUAUGCCCUGGCACCGCGAGUGUUUCACCUGUACUAGUUGCAGCAAGGAACUGGCAGGAGAAAAGUUCACAUCCAAGGACGAGCUGCCAUAUUGUGGAGAAUGCUAUGGAGACUUGUUUGCCAAACGAUGUGUUCACUGCACAAAGCCUAUCACAGGCAUUGGUGGCACCAAGUUUAUUUCAUUUGAAGACAGAAACUGGCACAGCGACUGCUUUAACUGCAGCAGAUGUAAGGCAAGCAUGGUUGACCGAGGUUUCCUCAUGGAUGGAGAUAAUGUCAUGUGUCCGGAAUGUAGCCAAAGCUAA